UAAAUAUACACCUGUUAACUCCGCUUUUAAACUAAUAUGCACGGAGGGGCGUGUUUAUUUUAGACAGGCUACAGGAAGCCGGUGAAGCCUUGACCUUUAGCGCAUAGCAACAAAGGCUGCAGCGGUUUUUCGCUGCGCUGUUCUCGCCCGCCGGCGCCCCGUAGCACCACCCCGGUCUGCGCUGACGUCACCGCCUUCCCCCACAAACCGGUAGUUGCGCGCCAACUGCGGCGCACACGUCCCACCGGCAGUCGGUACCCGACUGCCGCGCCGCACGCACGCGAGUGAACGAGUGUGCCAGCGGCGAGCUCAGGCGAACGAAAGACGACGGAAGACAUUUCCGGGAAAACGAACGAACCGGGUCCACGGAGGAAAGAAUUGCGAGGGCGCUCGCCGGAGCAGGAGGUUAAAGAAGCGGACCGGAUGAAGUGGGAACUAAAAGACAGGCACUCCAAGUCUCCGCGCGCUUACCAGAUCGUAAGCGAGAGGCCGCAGAUCGCGACCCAGCGCCCGAGCGACGGGGUCGUGUCUCCCAUAGCGAAUAACUACUCGACCGCGGACGUGGCAUGCAUAGACCAGAUGCACGCGGGAGGCAAAGGCGGCGGCCACGGACCCCCGCCGCCGUCGUGGCCCAAGCUGAAGAGCCAGAAUCAGCAGAAGAGGCCGACCACGCUGAAGCUGGACGUGGGGGCGGCGCAGCGGGCGCCGCCGGAGCGACUGCCCAGCCCGCGGCCGCAGACGGCCACCCUGGACAGACCGCGCAUCCUCGACAUCGCGCUGCUGGGUAAGAUCGACAUGACGCUGACUCGUAAGGCGCUGCUCUCCAUCUCCAGCCUGUGCGCGGGCGCGCCGGCCGACGCGGCCAAGCGGAACGGCGCGUCGCCCGGAGACGGCCGCGGCGGCAAGUCGCGCAGGUUCCAGCCAGCUGCGGGGCGCUCCGCGCACACCGACGAAGACGAUGGCACCAGCAGCGGCACCGCGCCGCCCACGCCGCGCCGCCAGCCGGCCAAGAAGCAGCAGCUGAAGGUGCCUGCGGCUCGCAGGCGGCCCGCGCCCGCGGGGGAGGCGGAGGAGGCGCGGGCGGGGGCGGGGGCGGUGCCGCAGCCCUGCACCACGUGCGGCCGCCACGAGCAGCCCGAGCGCCUCCACAGCCACCCGCCUGCCAGGCACCAACAGGCCCAGCAGCCGCAGCCGCAGGCCCAGGCGCCGCCGCAGCCGCCCAAGAGCUCUGUGCGGAAGCCGAUGCCCAUCAACUUCCGCAGCUCUGCCUCGACAGCCCAGCAGCAGCAGCAGCAGCAGCAGAGCUCCGCCGCCGCCCCCGCGCCUGACAAGUCCCCCGGCCCGCAGCCGUCCGCCUCCACCGCCACCGUCGCCGUCGCACCAGCACCGGCCUCCUCUGCGUCCGCCCCCGUGGCCGCCCCCGCGGCAGCCACCGCAGCCGCAAACGCCCCCGCCGCCCCCAGGGCGCCGGGCCGCCCCCGCACAGUGGUGUGCUACCUGUGUGGACGCGAGUUCGGCACCAAGUCGUACCCGCUGCACGAGCCACAUUGCCUCCAGAAGUGGCACCGCGAGAACAGCCUGCUGCCGCCGCAGCUGCAGCGGGAGCCGCCCCCGCGGCCCGACCAGCCGCCCACCACGAGCCAGUGGAACCACCUAGCCUGGGAGGCCGUCCAGGGGAGCCUGGUGCCUUGCGAAAACUGCGGCCGCACCUUCAACCCGGACCGCCUGGAGGUGCACCAGCGCAGCUGCAAGGGCACCCAGCCCAAGAGGGCGCCUGUCCACCAGCAGCACCCGCCGCAACAACAGCAGCAGCAGCAGCAGCAGCAGCAGACACGGGGCGCUGCUAAUCGAUGCUUUUCCCGCACUGUUUGCGUGGUUACCGCCGCCCGACACCACAGCACGGGCACAACGAACGGUGCGGUGGGCAGGCGGCGGGCGCCCCGUAGUAAGCUGCGCGACGCGCGUGUAGAAGUGCAGGCGACAGCAGGCAGCAGGCAGCAGGGGCCGCUGCCGUCAGGGUCUCGUAGCUGCCCACGUGUUCUCUGCCUGCUGGUGACGAGAAAUGCAUUCCAGUGCCGCAUCGGACAUUUGCGUUGCCUUGAGGAGGCGAAGGGGAUGGGGGAGCCGUUCUCGGCGGCGGCGGCCGCCGCCAUGGCGCGCGUGGGCCACGCCUGCCGCUGGUGCGGCCGGCUCUUCGGCAGCGCGUCGCUGCGCAUCCACGAGGCGCAGUGCGCGCAGCGCCAGGACCGCGCCGCCGCCCCCGCCACCGUCGCCGCCUCCGGCGCCGCGUCGCCCGCCCCCACGUCGCCGGCCUCCGCCUCCGGCGCCGCCUCCCCGGAGCACCGCCCGCGCGGGCCGCGCAUGCUGCUCUGCUACCUGUGCGGGCGCGGCUUCACGCAGGCGUCGCUGCACAUCCACGAGGCGCAGUGCCUCAAGCGGUGGCACCAGGAGAACGACCGCCUGCCGCCGGCGCAGCGCAGGCCGACACCAGAGAGACCCGCCAUAGUCCUCACAGAGAGCGGCGGCCUCGACCUGGAGGCGACGGUGGAGGCGGCGUGGCAGUCGCACCUGCAGCAGUUGGUGCCGUGCCACGGCUGCGGCCGCACCUUCUACCCGGACCGGCUGGAGGUGCACCGGCGGGCCUGCAAGGGGCAGGGCCGGCGCUGAGCACUCGGUGGCGUGUCCAGUAGUGUCUGGCAAACUGGAGACUGUGUCGUCGUAGCCGUCUGUAACCACUAACUCCAGAGUGUUGUGCGUGGUAACCUAGUUCGAUACAAUUACCUGUGUUAACGAUUAACAUUUAAUAACCUGUGUGAGAAAUUGAAAAGGACUUCUUAAAUUUCCAAAAAACGUGAAAUAAAUUUUUUUUAAACAUUGG